AUGUCGAAAUGCGCUCACCGUCUAGUUGCCCAAACCCAAUGCCCGAAAUGUAAACAGCAAAUGUGUGUUGAAUGUUUUGCGAAUUCUGUCAAGGAGAACAUGAAAUGUCCAAGUUGCCAAGCGGAUUUAACAGUUGCUUAUAUUUUAGACCUAUGUAGUAAGGACGCAAUUUUGAGUUCCCAUUCCCUUAAAAUUCAAAUGUCUUCGAAAAGCAUUCAAGGGGUUCGCAAAAGGGGUUCAAUCAUAAUAAACCCGGACUUUUCCAAAAUUCCAGAAUUCUCCAAACUUCCUGAAUCGCCUCGUGGUGAUAUUAAAACAAAGAGUGUGCUUUCCUCAAAUAGCGAUGUGACUAUUUUCGUUGACGAAAAUAGUUACCGACCCGACCCACACCAUGCCAUCUUUGAAAAUCCAGACUCCCCAGAAUUCAUCACUUACACAAAAGAAAAGGGUUGGGAUUUUAAAAUCAUUCAAACUGCAACAUUAGAAAAAAUGGUUGAAGUGAUCACACGACCUUCUAUGGAAGAUCCUUACUUUGCGGAGUGUUUAGUAUUCGGCUACCCGACGGUAACCACAAAAGAGGAGUUAUUAAGUGUUUUAAUGAAACGAUUUAAUCCCGCAAUUCCCGAUAAAAUGGGGUGGGACGACUUUUUAAAAUCAUAUCUUGCGCCUAUUAGAAUGAAAGUGAUGGGCUUUGUGAGGAGUUGGGUGAAGUGGCGAUUUAUAGACUUUGAGGACGUCGACAUGCGGUCGAACUUAGAGACAUUAGUUUCAAUGUACGAAGCUUUCAAGCCAAAGAUGGCGCGAUUUAUGCGGGAAUUCAUCGACAAGCAAGACGCGAAGUUUCAACAAAAGAAUUUGAGUUCUACGACAAACUCGGAUGCAAAAGUGAAGGUUGUUGGCGAGCUUAAACGUGUGAAAGACUUAGAGGAGGUGCAUCCAUUGUUUUGUUAUUCAGUGAGAGAUGUUGCUCGACAUAUCACCGUAGUUCAAUUUGAGUUGUUUAGAAAGAUUCCCGUUGAGGAGUUAUUAUCACAGUGUUGGAUGAAAAAGGAUAACAAAACUUUAACACCAAACAUCGUCGCGAUGAUUCAAAUGACAAACAAAAUAUCGUAUUUAGUCCAAAACAUGAUUCUCUCGUUCGAGAAAUUGUCCCAUCGGAUUUUUGCAGUCGAAUAUUUUGUGAGAGUGGCGGAGGUGCUAAAACAGGUGCACAACUUCGACGGGUUUAAAGCAGUUGUGGCGGCGUUGGACUCUUCAGCAGUGUUCCGACUGAAAGAUACACGAGAAGGCCUCUCCGAGGAGGUCAAACGCCUUUUGGACGAAUUCAAUGGACUUGUGAAUUACGAGUCAAACUUCAAAAAGCUGCGAGACAUCACUGCGGUAUGUGAAGCUCCUGUUAUCCCAUUUUUGGGGUCCACUCUCGGUGAUUUAGUUUUCACUAAAGAGAACGAAAAAAGUGAGAAUGGGCAAUUGAAAUUAAUUAACUUCUUUAGAGUGAGGACGUACGGCUCGAUGCUCAAAGAAAUUGUGAUGAAGCAAGACGCGGCUUUUGAGUUUGGGCAAUCCCCCGAAGUUCAUGCGGUGCUUGAGAAAAUCCAAAUAAUAGACAACGAGGAUCAACUCUUUCAAUUAUCGACAAAGCUGGAAACACCCCGUUCAGGUGAAGCGUCAAAAGAAGAGAAGAAAAAGAUAUCAAAAGCAAGAGACGUGGCGGACAAACUAUGGAAGAAGUCUAAUUCGUAUUUUAGAAAAACUCUCAUUGGUGGGUUGAUAUCUUUGAAAUAA